AUGGUUAAGUCUUCUUUACUUAAUAACAUUCUUGAAAAAACACACAGACUCGCACUCUGUACCAAAACCUGUCUUCAGGGCUGCGCUCUCCUCUUCAGGUUUGUGGAGUCUCAGACAGACCCGUCCACUGACCCGCUGGUCCUGUGGUUGAACGGUGGACCCGGCUGCAGCUCGCUGGAUGGACUGCUGUCUGAACAUGGACCUUUCCUGAUCCAGGGUGACGGUGUGUCUCUGCAGUACAACCCGUACUCCUGGAACAAGAUUGCCAACAUGCUGUACCUGGAGUCUCCAGCAGGGGUUGGCUUCUCCUACUCUGAUGAUCAGAGAUACGUCACCAAUGACACAGAGGUGGCGCUGAACAACUUUCUUGCAUUGAAGGAAUUCUUGCGUUUGUUCCCAGAGUUCAGCAGUAAUAAACUUUUCCUGAUGGGAGAAAGUUACGGAGGAAUCUACAUCCCAACGCUGGCAGAGCGGGUGAUGGAAGACGCCGGCCUCAACCUCCAGGGUGUUGCCGUGGGAAACGGGUUGUCCAGCUACGAGCUGAAUGACAACUCCCUGGUGUUCUUUACCUACUAUCAUGGCCUUCUGGGAAGUAAUCUGUGGAAAGAACUUCAGACCUUCUGCUGCAAAGAUGGGAAAUGUAACUUCUACAACAACCCGAACCCCGACUGCUCCAGCAGCCUGUCUGAAGUUCAGCACAUUCUCUACAGGUCUGGAUUGAACGUGUAUAACUUGUAUGCUCCCUGUCCAGGUGGGAUGCAGCAGAAGCUCAGUGCCGAGGGCGGUCAGUCGGUGAUCAGAGACCUUGGGAACGUCUUCUUCAGCCAACGCUGGACUCGGUUGCGGAACCAGGAGCUGCGUGCUCUGGCUUCUGUGCGCCUGGAGCCGCCCUGCACCAACUCCACGCCCACCUCGCUCUACCUCAACAACCUGUUUGUGAGGAAAGCUCUGCACAUCAGCCCCCAGGCCCUGAACUGGACCAUCUGCAGCUCUGAGGUCAAUCUGAACUACAGGCGCCUCUACAUGGACGUCAGGAAGCAGUACCUCAAACUGCUGACGGCUCUGAAGUACCGCAUCCUCAUCUAUAACGGAGACGUGGACAUGGCGUGCAACUUCAUGGGGGACGAGUGGUUUGUGGAGUCCCUGCAGCAGCAGGUGGUAGUGAUGCGCCGCCCGUGGCUUUACAUGGACGAAGAAGGUCAGCAGGUGGGCGGCUUCGUCAAGGAGUUUGAGAACAUCGCCUUCCUCACCGUCAAGGGUGCUGGUCACAUGGUCCCAGCGGAGAAACCCGGUGCAGCAUUUACAGUGUUCUCCCGCUUCAUCAACAAACAGCCAUACUGACCUCUGACACCUGCUGCUGUUCUGUCAGUCACACUGCCAGCCAAUCAGCACAGCCGUCUGCUGUUGCUAGGUGAAAGAUGGAUGUGCUCAGUUUGACCUCGCUGUGACUGUCAUCAUAGAAAUGCACUGUCAAAAAUGAACGUUAAGAUUUUAAAGCUUUUCUCAGAUUUAAAUAAAAGAUUGUGUUAACGAGU